AUCGAUUAUUACAGUAAGAACUUGUAACAGUAUAAAAUGUUGUGUGAAAGGUUCAUGUCGCUCGGAACCGGCUUGUUAUUGUUUCACAUUGGGGUGUUGUCAGCGCAGACCUUUCCAGUUGAGAAGAUAGCUGUCGGUGCAAUUUUCGACCAGAAUACUGAGGAAAUUCAGAAUGUGUUCAAGUACGCGAUGACAGUUCACAAUCAGAACAUCAGCAGCCGUCGGCUGGAGCUACAGGCGUAUGUCGACGUCAUAAAUACGGCUGAUGCGUUCAAACUCUCGCGCCUCAUUUGCAACCAGUUUGCGCGAGGCGUGUUUGCUAUGCUGGGCGCGGUUAAUCCAGAAUCAUUCGAUACGCUGCAUUCCUAUACAAACACUUUCCAAAUGCCUUUUGUGACGCCUUGGUUUCCCGAGAAAGUAAUACCACCAUCUUCGGGUCUCAUUGACCAUGCAGUAAGUAUGCGGCCCGACUAUCACAAGGCGAUUGUAGAUACAAUAGUGUAUUAUGGAUGGAAGGAAAUCAUAUACAUGUAUGAUUCACAUGAUGGAUUGCUGCGGCUCCAACAGCUCUACCAGUCUAUGCAACCGGGAAGGACUGCUUUCCGAAUCUCGCUUGUGAAGCGAAUUAAUAACGCGUCAGACGCUAUGGAAUUCUUGUUGGCUUUGGAACAACACGACCGUUGGGGCAACAAACGCAUAGUACUAGAUUGCAACGCUAGAAACGCCAAAAGUAUACUAGUCGAGCACGUCCGCAAAGUACAAUUAGGACGCCGGACCUAUCACUACAUGCUCAGCGGAUUGGUUAUGGACGAUCACUGGGAGAAUGAAAUUACUGAGUACGGAGCAGUCAAUAUAACGGGGUUCCGGAUCGUCGACCACUCGCGCAAGAUUGUGCGCGAUUUCAUGGACGGUUUGCGCAGAAUGGACCCUCGGUUCAAGGGGACCAUAUCGGCUCAAACUGCACUUAUGUAUGAUGGAGUGCAAGUAUUGAUGGACGCCCUUGGAAGGCUUUGGAGGAAGAAGCCCGAUGCUUUUAGAAGCGCACUACGACGUGCUGCGGGUCAAGCUAAUUCCACUAAAGUCAUCGACUGCAAUCCAGGAAAAAGUUGGGUUGUGCCGUUUGAGCACGGCGAUAAAAUAUCAAGGCUUAUUAAAAAAACGGAUAUUGAAGGCCUUACUGGGAAUAUUUCCUUCAACGAGGAAGGCCAUCGUCAUAAUUUUAGCUUGCAAGUGGUGGAAAUGACUGUGCAAAGUGCUAUGCUUCAGGUGGCAACUUGGACAGAUGCCCACGGUUUAUCAUUAAUGCCUCCGAAGUUCGUUCAGCUUCGCUCACCCGCAUCUUACGACACAAACAAAACGUAUAUGGUCACUACGAUUCUUCAAGAACCUUAUCUGAUGCAAAAGACGGAGCGAGGCCACAAAGAAGACCAUUUGUAUGGUUUUGUCAAAGAUCUUAUGGAUUUGAUCGCAAAGAAACUUGGUAUCAAAUAUGAACUACGAUUGGUGAGGGAUGGCAAGUAUGGAAGUGAGAAUCCUUCAGAGGGCUGGACGGGGAUGAUAGGUGAAAUACUUCGGAAGGAGGCAGAUAUGGCAGUAGCACCUUUGGCGAUAACUGUUGACCGUGAGCGGGUAGUAGACUUUACUGAGCCCUUCUUAGCUGUCGAUAAUCCUAUAAUUCACACAAGAGUACCUAAACAACUAUCUGACACUUUCAGCUUCUUAAGACCGUUAUCGAAAGAAAUUUGGCUAUGUGUACUCUUCAGUUUCUUUGCUGUAAGCAUUGUUCUUUUCUUGGUGUCAAGAUUCUCCCCACAUGAAUGGAGAUCAGUGUCCAUAUCAGAUACUCAUUUAGACCACCCUGUCAGCAGUACUAAUGAGAUUAUCUUACACAAUGAAUUUAGUAUUUGGAACUCGUUUUGGUUCUCACUUGGUUCGUUUAUGCAACAAGGCAGCGACGUGGUACCAAGAUCAUUGUCGGGAAGGAUAGUUGGUACUGUUUGGUGGUUCUUUGCACUCAUCUUAGUGUGCUCGUACACGGCGAACCUGGCGGCUUAUCUCAUAGUGGAGCGUAUAUCAGAGCCGGCUAAGUCGCUCAACUACCCGUCUAACAUGGCGCAUUCCGAAAUAAGUCACGCAAUGCCAUGGAGCAUUCUAGACCAAGACCCGAUGAUGAGUGGGACGUCACUGGCACACUACACUCUAGACAGGGAGGGUGAGAUUGCUUGCGAUACAAUGUCACGUGUUUGCAGAUAUAAGCACGUUAAUUUCGCCAUUGCCACGACCAAAGGAUCGCCUCUAAGAGAAGGGAUCAAUCUAGCUCUCGUAAGUUUGAAGAAGGAUGGAGUUAUUAAGAAGCUUUGGCGCAAAUGGCUACUUAGUAAGAAGCCGGAUUGCGAUAUGGUUAAAGAUGAGGAGACGACGAUAACGGAAAUGACGCUGAGUCAAGUGGCGGGUAUAUUCUACGUGUUGGUGGGUGGGUUAGCAUUAGCUUUGGCAGUGGCCUUGAUGGAGUUUUGCCAGCACGGACGCCAGGAGGCGGCACGGGCUAACGUGCCGUUGCGCGCCGCACUCACAGCGAAGGCACGACUUGCGUCUCGCGUUGAACGGAAAGCGCCUCCUCAACGCACGCCCCAACGAGAUCACGACCGCCUGCCUUGGAACGGGGGUGCAUUCGCGGGGUAUUUCACCGCUGGCAACCAGAUCUCUCAAGACGAUGCUGUACACGCCAGUUUUACUCACGUCUGAUCCGCGGAGAAGGGCGGCGGUGUCAACGUACGUCGUUCGUCCAUCAGUAAACCACCUAACAACAGCGUCGAUUUGUAUCAACUCUAAACAUUAUAGUUCAUGUUACAAUCGUAGACAGCCUUCCUAACGUGACUUGAACAUGUGUAUGUCAUGCACUUGCGUGAAAUGCAGCUGCAUUAUUUCCAUCAACCUGAACA